AUGCCUUGCUAUAAAUACAGGCCAGCACUCGUGCAGAAAUCUGUUAUCCUCUUAACAACAUUCGUCACUGUUUCGUUGAGCACACCCCUAGCACAGCAACGUCGGGAAAGCGAACAGCGAACACCAGCUGCGAUACACCACCAGAAAUCAGAUAACACAAUCCGCCGCUUACCUCACGAAGGAGUUCGAAGGAUUUGA